ACAGUCACAGUGUACAUUAUUGUGCAAAAGUGUGCAUGAACACAAAUCUGAUUCAUUCUAGAAGAAGUCUGAAGAUGAUCAAACUAAUUUUACUUCUUUUUUUAUUGAAAAAGUGCAGUGGUUUUGAUUUGGAUGAUGUGGAAUACGAGAAGAUGCCGCCGCUGUUCGCUUUGGACGACUACGACCGGUGUCUCCUCUACAACGGCACGUACUGCGUCAUCAGAACUGACCUCUCUGCAGAGCCUGGAAACGAACUUAUGACGAUGAUCAAGAACUACACCAAGUCUAGCCGCGUAAAGCAUUAUGACCAUUCAUACUUAAAUAAAGGCAUCUGCGUUACCUCGACCUGUCGCGACUACAUCGGUGAUAAAGAUGUAAACUCACAAUCAGACAUUCAGGAUAUACUAGACGCUUGUGAAAACCAAACUAUUUAUGAUAAAUACGGUUUACAAGCUAAGGUCACGAAGAUUUUCUAUUGCGACACAGCCGAAACGAAAGUGGACAAGAAAGAUCUUUUAGACUGGAUAGUUUUAGGUGUCAUUGCCUUAAUAGUGUUUAUAAAUGUUGCUGCGACAAUGUAUGAUUCGACGCUUGAUGAGAAAAAGGUGGCUAAUUUAAGCUUUGGGAUCAAAAUGCUGCUUUGUUUUUCUAUGGCCCGUAACUGGAAAUACCUGGUUGCGCCUCCUAAUGAAGACCCAAAGAUGAACAAACUUCAAGGAAUUGACUUCGUAAGGACAGCUGCAUCCUUCAUGAUGGUCCUGGGGCAUGUCAAUUGGAUUUACACAAUGGGUUUUGUCGAUAACCCCCACGAUUUCGAACGAUCUUACAACCUCAUGCAUUUCCAAGUUAUCUACAACGGCAUGAUCGUCGUCCAAAUAUUCUUCGUCAUCUCCGGCUUCCUCUUGGUCUAUAACCUCGAGUCUUCCGAGAAGAACAGGCCAUCAGUGAAAGAUAUGCCGAAGAUAAUCAUCAACAGAUUCUGCAGACUCGCCCCCCCAAUGGCAGUGGUGAUAGCUCUGAACGCAACCUGGGCCAGGUUCCUCAGCACUGGCCCUCUUUGGAAGCUGUACGUGUCUUCCAUGGUCCACGACUGCCGAAAAUGGUGGUGGUCCCAUCUGCUCUUCGUCAACAACUACCUGAUCGAGAACAAAUACUGCACGGUGCAAACCUGGCACACAGCAGCUGACACCCAGGUGUUCCUGGUGGCCAUUCUCCUCUACUUCCUGGUCAAACCCCGGGCCAGAACCCUCGUCGUUGGUCUCGUGUUCCUGAUCGGCAUGAUACUGCCGAUGCUACACAUCUACUUCCAAGAUUUAGAUGCGCAGAUGUUGAAGACGCCUGAGAUGUUACGUUCCUUGGACGACCCCAAUCGUUACCCAUACGUAUUUUCCCACAACAAUAUCUGCUGCUAUUUGCUGGGUAUGGUCACCGCGUACAAGCUGUACCGAUGGGAGAAGCAGGGAGUCACAUUCAAUGGAAAGAUAGCCAGAAUUUGGUCCAAGAUGUUGGUGCCUGUGAUGAUCCUUUGCUUCUUAACCGGGAAUUUCUUCCACGAAGAAGACUAUCGGACUCCAUUAUGGAUCAGAAUGCUAUGGCAAGGAACUCAUAGACUGUUCCUGGGGUUCCCGAUGGCCUCUCUCCUCGUCAGUAUGGUGAUGGGCGUGGACAAUCUCAUUCAAGACAUAAUGAAGUGGCCCGUGUUUAAAAUCACCGGCAAGCUGACCUACUCCGUGUUCCUUCUUCACGAGACCUUCACUCCUCUCAUCGCUGGUUCCAAGAGCAACCUGGAACACUUCGCAUAUUUCAACCUGUUGAUAUACCAAUGUGGCAUCGUCGUGCUAACCUACAUUCUAUCAGUACCAUUCUACCUGAUGGUAGAAGCGUCUGUGACCCAAUUGGUAAGGUUGCUUCUGGUGAAAGAGCGACCCGUCUUAUCACCCGCAGACCCAGAUCAUACAAAGAAGAAUGUAGAAUACAACAGAAAGGCUGAUAAAAUUGAAGAGAAUGGUUCUAUAAUACUAAAUGGAAAUGAACUUAAUGACAAUGUUCUUAAUGAGCUUCUAGAUAAAGCUGUUAGAGAAGAAACGAAGAAGACAAGUUGAUAUGUUAUAAGGUGUAUAAGUUAUGUUUAAAAUUAGACGAUAAGACAAUCAAUAAACGUGAUUUUUCUCUAGUGCCAUGAGAAGAUAUGAAAAUAGCCGCCUUAUUUAUUUAAACGCACAUUAGCGGUAUUGAAAAAGAUAUCAUGCAAGCCUUCUCUGAAAGUUUUAUGAUUGAUUUCCAAAUUGAUUACUUCUGUCUAUUUCUUGUUAAAUUUUAGGAGCUGUGCUUGUAUUUAUAUAGACAGCUUAAGCUUGACUUUUUGUUUUAAAUAUUAGUAUUGAUAUGAACCCAUAAUAUUCGGGUCAUCAGGUAAUUUCGGUCAUCACACAAAGAGGCAUAUAAAGGUGAAACUAUACAGUUGAUAUGAUAUGAUAAGUUAAGUUUAUGAGAUAUAAGAUUAUAUAUAUAAGUAAUAAAAAAAUUAAGUUUAAAAAACAA